UUCAUUGUACUCACCAGUUACUAUUAGUGACAAGUUGUGAGUUGUAAGCCAAAUUGUUUGGAUUCUUCAGACUAUUUGCUCAAAAGUCAGUUUGAAAAUCAGAACAAACUUGGGAAACUUUUUGUUAUAUAAAGCUCUUUGUUUGAGAAAACCAUGUCCAAGCAUUACCAAAGCAAACACCCUACCAUGAGUUUUCCUAUGUUUUCAUCCCCAUGGCUCCCUUUUAUACUUUUCAUCCUUUCAACCUGUGUUACUGCCACACAGGAUAGACUCCCAAGGCUGAGUCCAAUUGGCAGAACUUUUCUGCAUAAUGCUGAAGCUAUAUCUUCACCUAUUUCAGAUGAUUUCAAGACAUUUUAUUAUAAUCAAACCUUGGAUCACUUCAACUAUAGGCCUGAAAGCUACACAUGCUUCCCUCAUAGAUACAUAAUCAAUUUUAAGUAUUGGGGUGGUGCAAAUUCUAGUGCUCUGAUUCUUGCCUACUUGGGCGCUGAAGGUCCACUAGAAGGCGAUUUAAACGCUAUAGGGUUCAUGACUGAUUAUGCUGCUCAAUUUGAUGCCCUUCUUGUUUAUAUCGAGCACCGAUAUUAUGGGAAAUCAAUACCUUUUGGAUCAAGGCAAGAGGCACUUAAGAAUGCAAGCACUCUAGGCUAUUUCAACUCAGCUCAAGCAAUAGCAGAUUAUGCAACUGUUCUUAUACAUAUAAAAAAGAAGUUUCAUGCUAAAUAUUCUCCUGUAGUUGUCCUUGGUGGAUCAUAUGGAGGAAUGUUGGCUGCAUGGUUCCGCCUAAAAUAUCCUCAUGUGGCACUCGGAGCUCUUGCAUCUUCAGCUCCAAUUCUUUACUUUGAAAAUAUCACGCCACAUAAUGGAUACUAUUCCACUGCCACCAAGGAUUUUAGAGAAGUUAGUGAGACUUGCUAUGAAACUAUUCGGGAUUCGUGGUCCAAAAUUGAAACAAUUGCUUCUAAGCCUAAUGGCCUUUCCAUUCUUAGCAAAGAGUUCAAAACAUGCAGUCCUCUGAAUAGUUCCUCUCAGCUGGAAGACUAUUUGUGGUCUAUGUAUGCUGGUGCAGCCCAAUACAACCACCCACCAAGAUAUCCAGUCACUAGAAUUUGUGGUGGCAUUGAUGGAUCUCCUUCUGGAAGUGGAACUAUAAGCAAAAUAGCUGCAGGUGUAUUUGCUUAUAAAGGAAAUCUAUCCUGCUACAAUCUUGAGCCGAGAAACGAUACUGAAACCGACGUAGGAUGGAGAUGGCAGAGAUGCAGUGAGAUGGUGAUGCCAAUAAGCACAGGCAAUGAUACUAUGUUUCCUCCAUACACUUUUGACCUUGGAAGCUUCGUAGAUGACUGUUAUCAAUUAUACGGCAUUUCUCCGAGGCCUCACUGGGUCACCACCUAUUAUGGAGGCAAUGACAUAAAACUCAUCCUUCAGAGAUUUGGCAGCAACAUCAUUUUCUCCAAUGGACUCAAAGAUCCUUAUAGCAGUGGCGGAGUAUUGCAAAACUUAUCUGACAGUCUUCUUGCAGUUCAUACACCCAAUGGGUCCCAUUGUUUGGACAUUUUACGAGCAAACGAAACCGAUCCACAAUGGCUAGUGAAACAAAGAGAGACAGAGGUUAGCAUCAUUAAAGGAUGGAUCAAUAAGUACUAUGCUGAUCUUGAAGAGUCCAAAAAAUAGAUAAAAAGAACACAAAAGGGUGAUGAAGGGGUAGGCUGCUUUUGAAAGAUUGUUAUUUUUUCUUAUCUUCAUCAUCAAACAAAUCCCAUAAAAAUAAGAUGAAAAUCCUGAAAUGUAUGCCAUUGAAGAUAAAUUUAUGAGCUUGUAUUGUCUUGGCUUCAUCAAAGAAUGUGAAAAGCCCCUUUCAUAGUUGUGAAAUAUUUUUAAUAAUUGAUCCA